CCGCGCGGCUCCGGCUCCCUCCCCGCCCACCGCUCCCUUUCCCCCGCCUCCCCUGCAUCCUCGCCUCUCUCCCUCUCUCCUCGCCCGCUGGGUGCUGAAGUUGGACGGAUGGCAGCGAACAGGCUCCGCUAGAGGACCGAGCAGCCCAGCCUAGCGCCCCCGGACCUGUCCGUGCGCUGCCCACACCCCCAGGCUCCUGGCCGAUCCAGUACUCACGCAGCUGAAAUGCGAAAAAGGCAGCAGCCGCAAAAUGAAGGAACGCCCGCCGUGCCCCAGGCGCCUGGAAACCAGAGGCCCAACAACACGUGCUGCUUCUGCUGGUGCUGUUGCUGCAGCUGCUCCUGCCUCACUGUGAGAAACGAGGAAAGAGCAGAAACUGCAGAGAGACCCACGCACACCACCAAGAUGGAGAGCAUCCAGGUCCUAGAGGAAGAAGGGCAAAACCCCACAUCCGAUGAAGUCCUGUCCUGGUCUCAGAAUUUUGACAAGAUGAUGAAGGCCCCGGCAGGAAGAAACCUUUUCAGAGAGUUCCUGCGGACAGAAUACAGCGAGGAGAACCUCCUUUUCUGGCUUGCCUGCGAAGACUUAAAGAAAGAGCAGAACAAAAAAGUAAUCGAAGAGAAGGCCAGAACGAUAUACGAUGAUUACAUUUCGAUCCUAUCACCUAAAGAGGUCAGUCUCGAUUCUCGAGUUAGAGAGGUGAUCAAUAGAAAUCUUCUGGAUCCCGAUCCUCACAUGUAUGAAGAUGCCCAGCUUCAGAUAUACACCUUGAUGCACAGAGAUUCUUUCCCACGGUUUUUGAACUCUCAGAUUUACAAGUCAUUUCUUGAAAGUACUGCCGGCUCGACUUCUGAAUCUUAAUUUUCAUUUUCAAACGUCUCUUGGGAGGGCUGGGAUGGGAAAUACACGUAGUUAAAUUUAACACGAGAAGCUGAGUUCCUGGAGAACUCCAGUCUAGCAUUCCUCAGGCUACUGUGAAAAUACAACCAGGUGGUCUUCGUCUCCAUCUUUACCAAGGUUAUCCACGGUUAAGCUUGGACAAAAUACCACGUAAAACAAUGAAUUGCCAAAUUAAGUUCAUUUCCUUGAACACUCACUCUGCUUGCAAGCAAACUGUAUUCGUAGUCCUACCAACAGUCUCCUAGUGUCCCUCCAGAGACUGCAUGUGCAAAGGAAAACUGCUUCAUUUGCCACAUAGUUGUUGUGAUAUUUAAUCCAAUGGCAUAACUUAUAUCUGUAUUUAAGGACUUUUGUGCAAUAUGGUCUUACAGAAAUCGAUGCCAAAAAGUUGGCUGCUGUUUGCAUUUUUAAAUAUAAUCCAAGACAGAAAAAGCCAAUUUUUAAAUUGUAACGAUGGUAUUCCACCUGCUACAUACUGUGUUCAGUACACUAACUUCGAAUCCAGUGUUUCUGACCAUGGGAAAAAGAGCUAUUUGUCUCUGUUUGUCGGGAAAUCCUAACGGGGGAUUCCUCUGGUGGUUCCCUGCCAACGCUGUGGCAUUUUCAUCACAGAAGGGUUGGUUGCGUAAAAAAAUAAUAACGUGAAAAGAGAAAAAAAAGCACAAAAUAAUUUGGAGACAUUCUCUCUCGAUGACAAAUCAGAAUGAUAUUGUUUUUCAUUGUAACAGAAGAAAACAAAUCUAUGUAUAUAUCACGUGUCCAAUACUGUAAUUAAUUUAUUAAAGACUGGCUCUCCAGUUCUAAAACAGUUGUGUUAUGUAUGUACUUUAGCAAGAAAAAAACAAUAAGCUUGAUAACUUAGUUUGGGAAUAUAAAGAAAGGACUUAGAGUACCUACAUGUAGCAUCAUAAAAAUUUUUUGAUGAAAAGCGUCUGUCCCUGUGGCAUAUUUUCUUUGAAAGUAAAAUCCAAUGGGAAGCUGAGUCUUAAGUCAAGAACAGUUUUAUAAGGGUUAUGAAGAGGAAAAUUCUCUACUUCAGACCCUGUUUUCACAUAGUAUCUUAAGAUUACUUAUUUUAAAAAUGUCAAAACCAAACUAUUAAUUCUCAUCCGUGAUUGAAAGGCAGUGCAGUACUCAAAUCUCCUAGCUGCCAUAUUAUUUUUUAAAGUUUCACUGAGUCUUUAAGACAACAGAGGUGCCUGAUGUUGGCACGUACUUUUGACAUUCAAGAAAACAGUAUCUUCUUGUGCCCCCCGCCCCCACCAAAAAAAGUCAGUGUCAUAUCUAUAUCUAGGUGUUACCUUUGAAUAUUAAUAUCCCCUGGAGGCUAUUUUUUUAAUCUUAAACUUAUUAAAUAUUGAGUAACCUAAAAUAAAAGUUUUAAAAAUAUUUAUAGAGAACACUGGCCUUAUAUUAAGGAUGAUAUUAAAAUAGGCUUUCUUUGUCAUUUUUAACUACCUCUCAUUUUUUAAUUUAUUGAACAUAAAAAAACGAGUUUGGGUUUUCUUCUUAAAAUUUAUUUUACUUGAAAAGUUAACAUCAUAAGUUUCCUUUUUCCAUAAACUUAAAGCAUUUUAAGCAUUGUUUUUUAAGUAAAUUUGAUUUUCUAAUUUAUAUAGAAUUCAGGAGAUAUGUUUAAAAGGGCUAUUAUCUAUUCCCUAUGCAAAUAUUUUAACUGUUGCAGUGUUUGACAAAAUGGGAGUUAAAAAAAAAGUUUGCAGAGUAGAAAACAAAAAUGUUCUGUUUACACUGGCGUUGCUGACUAUCCUACCAUAUUCAGCACUUUUAAAUACAUUAUUUAUGAAAAUGUACUUAUAAUACAAGAUAUAAAAUAUUUAUAAUAAUCAUUUCUUUUAACAAAUGCUAGUUUUUGUCUGAAAGUGUUAGUGUGUUAAGACAUACUUUAUCCAUGUCAAUUGGGUAUUUGCUAUUUCAAUAAUAGUUUUCAGUAAUAUGUUGAAAAAGACAACUAUGAAGAUGUUUACAAAAAGUCAUAUUUUUUUCCUAAAGAGUGAAGAAAAACCUAAAAGAAUCAUCACAUCUAUUGUGAAGGUCUAUUGUUCCUGAACUAUUUAGUUUCUGGGUUAGAAUUGAGUUUACUAUGCUACUAUGAUGUAUACACGUGUGUGUUGUAACACCCUCCUCGUUGCUGUGUUUGAAGCACAAUAAACUGGUGCACAUGAAUAGAAAGUGUGUAAUAUACUAUGAUACACUGCAUGCAUCGGCCUUUUAAAAUGUAGGCUUUGUAUCCUUUUUGUUACUAUACCUGAUGGUGACCUGCUAGUCGUAAGUUAUCUUUAUAAGAUACUUUGGACUAUUAGAUGAAUUGUCUGUUUGACAAUACUUUUAAUGUUUUACCAAAUAUUAAAAAGAUAAGGGCCCUUGUAAAGAGUCCUGAUCCCUAACGUGGGCAUUUGUAAAAUGCAGAUUUUGAAGUUAGUAUAUCUGUUUGAAGCCUGAUUAGGAAGUUGUGUUGAGAAUGAUUCUAGAUAGAUUUACACAUCAGAUGUUGCUGACCACGCUGUGUGAGCAUUUCUGUGCUAAAUUCCUAUUUUGGGGGGGGGGGGGGGGGGGGGGGGGGGAAGGGUUUCUCGUUUAAUUUCAAAAUGUUUAAAAGUUUCUACCUAAGAGUAUGUCUGUAUAUUUGCAACUCUACAAAUUUUUAAAGUAUAGUAUAAUUCCUUCUGUUUGAAUUACAAAGCUAUAAUAAACAAAAAUAAAUGCCCUCAAAUGGUGUCUAUGCUACCAUUCCAAGAGCACAAUAUUUGUUUGGGUAGGAUUAGACUUUUUCCUAGUGAGUAAAUUUCUCCCUGAGGAAACAUUAGCACUUUAGAAGGUACACUUGUGUUUUAGAUUGCCAAGAUAUCUUUGUAUACUGUUAGAAUCUGCUAACGCACACAGAAAGAGGUUAAAUGCUCUUUCUAUAGCGCCUAACUUCAGAUGUAUCUAUAAUGGAAAGAAAAGUAGGGGAUAGAGAUUAUAUAUAAAUAUAUAUCAAUACACUGGAGAGCCAGACUUCUUCAGAGAUAGAUCUUGUACGUAGAUCACACUGACAGUGAUGGAUGACAUUGCCUCUUCACUCUGGACACCUGUUACUAUGUUAUCCGAAGGUGACAUAGAAACCCUGACAGUGUUACAGGGCAACAACGCACAGUGGGUGUACUAAGCCUAUGAACAACGACAGCAGAACACAGUUUUGAUGUCAUGUUACUAAGUGCAAAAAUCAAGACCAGAAUGUGGUCUUUUUUUAAAUCCUAAAAUAUGUACAUAGGAUGACCAGGUCUGAUAUUUGGUCAUGGUGCAUGGGGUGUUUAAUAGUAAGUAUCCUUUAACGCUACCUAGGUUCUUACAGAAUGAAAUGUGUAUCAUAUUUUUAUGUAAGAAUUCAAUUUUGCAAAAGGACUAUAGAAAUAGGUAAAUAAUGUUUAUGUAUUAGGGGCAAAAAUGCAUUUUCACCCCAUUAAGCGGAUUUAAAAUAAUACCUAAGUCUUAGUUUUGAAAAAAAAUAUCUAUUUUUCCUAUACAUUUUUAACUUACACUAAAAAAAUAAAGUAAUCGUGACAAAUUACAUCUGCAAAAAUUACAAUAUAUCAGACAUAUCAAGGAAAAAUAUACAAUAAAAUAAUGAGAAAAUAAAAUAAUCCUUUGGAAGGCCACCUAAGUUUCUUAGAUCUAAAAUGCCUAUGUGAAUUUUGAAAAAUCUGCAAUGCCUGCCUUGGCAAAUUAUUGUGAAAGGUGGUUAAGCUAUUUCCGGAAAAUUUUCUGACCUGUGUAUUUAUAGUGGCAGUUACAACAGUUAAUUAUCAAAAUAUACUUUUACAAAGGAUGAUAUUUGCGUGCUGUUUUCAGUUCUUUAUUAAUUUCUGGCCAAUAUAAAAUGUUUGUUCUCCUGAAAAAAAUAGUCUUACAUCUGCAAAAGAUUUAGCUAUUCCACCCUUGCUACAACUGCAAAUAUUUAUCAGUAAAACCGAUAUUGCCCUGCCCGGUGUGGCUCAGCUGGGUGAGCAGCGUCCCACAAAGUGCAAGGUCACCAGUGUGAUUGCCGGGUCAGGGCACACGCCACAUGCCACAUGCCAGGGCUACAGCCCGGCCCCUGGCUGGGGAGUGUGCGAAAGGCAGCCAAUUGGAGUUCCUCUCCCUCUUUUCCUCUCUCCCUUACCCUCUCUCUCUAAAAAAAUAAAUAAAAUCUUCAAAAAAAUCAAAAAGGAACCUGAUACCAAAAACUUGCUUCAGAUCUUCCCUGAAACACUCUUAAUAGUGUCCUUACAACACAAACAGAUUAAGUUUUAUUUCCAAAUAUGAGGCUUUCAUUAUAAAUUUGAUUUCACGUUACAUUCCUGUCUUACGUGAUUUUGGGCAAAUCAUUUACCCUGAGCAUGUUUUCUCAUCUCCAGAUGAGGAAUAUACUUAAUUUACAGGAUGGCCAUAAGGAAGAAAUGAAAUAAAAUAAAAAAAAUAAAGUGUUAUGAACUAUUAUUUUAACAAAAUUCUCCAGCUGAACGAUAAUUUCCAUUUUUCAAGAAUGUAUUAAAUGCCAUUUUAAUGCGCUUUUCUUAUGUUUUCAAACCAUACUUUAGAAAUGUGAUUUAAUUAUUCUUCCAGAAAAUACAAUCAAGCUUAUUUUCAGAUGGAGGGAUAUAUGAAUGUUAUUGCUUUGUUUAAUACUGUGAUUCAAAAUCAUUGUUUUCAGUUCACCGACAUCACCCUCAAUCUACAAUCAAGAAAAGAAUCACACAUAUACACAUGAAGAUAUAUAUAGUUAGAUGUGUGUAUACACGUGUGUAUAAUAUUGUAUUAUAGGUUUAAGUCAAAGUUUAAAUAAGAGAAAAUAUUUAAAUUUUUUAUUUCCUUUGGAAAUAAAAUAACAUUCCCAAAACAGGAAGCAUAUAAAUAUCAAGUAAUUUGCCAAAUAAAUAUGUGGGGGUAGAACCAAAGGUAAAGUAUAAGACUGGCCUCUACAAAACAUUGAUACUGACAUGGAAUCGAAAGCAUUCUUAAUAUUAGAGUAGUAAGAUUUUUAAAAUAAUUUUACUGUGAGAAUAGAAUAAAAGACAUUUGUUUAUUCAUAACAUGUUUCAUUAACAUUUUACUUUUGAAUAGUUUGAGACUUACAGAAAAAUUGCAAAGAUAGUGCAGAGAGGUUCCAUGCACAGUGCACCCAUGAGAUGCCUGUCACGUAAUGAGCCAGUAUCAGUGCGUUAGGUCUACAUUUCAUCCACAUUCCCUUAGUUUUUACCAUUUUCUGUUCUGGGAUCCCAUUCAAGAUACCACAUUACAAUUAGCCAUCAUGCGUCUUUAGGCAACUCUUCUCUGGAACAGUUUCUCCAACUUUUCUUGCUUUUGAUGACUUUGACAGAUUUAAGGAGUCCUGGUCUAGUAUUUUGCAAAAUGUCCCUCAAUUAGAAUUUGUCUGAUGUGUUUUCCCAGGACUAGACAUGUGUUAGCAGUUUUUGGAAGGAAGACCCCUGAAGAAAAGUGCCAUUUAUAUCAUAUAAUAUCAAAGGUGCAUAGCAUAAUCAUGACUCAUCAUCAGUGGUAUUGACUUUGAUCAUCUGGUUGAAGUAGUGUUUGUUAGGCUUCUCUGCUGUAAAGUGAUAGAGUUUUGAGAGGUUAUGUUGUACAUAAAUUUGAUGGACAUUACACUGGGCUCAAAAAAUUAUGAGCAGAUCCUCAGUACUGCUAUUAGGUUCCAUUAAGUAAUUGCUAACAAGUACUAUGAAGAAAAUACAAUGAACUGAAAAGUAAAAUGGGAAAAUUCCAAAACAGCAUUAGCUUGAGUAUUCAUUUAAUGGAGGUGAAAGUGAAUUUUUUUCCUUUCAAAUAGUAAAAUUACUUUAAUCCUCUACAUCUCUUUGGUAGUAAAGGUUUUAGUCUUAACUAAUUGUCUUAACAGGCAAUUUAAACUGAUAAUCAUUUUGUUGAGUGUUUUUCUAUACUGACCUCUGAUGAACAAUAAACAUUGAAUAUUGAGAUUAUGUAAGAGACUUGAUUUUUUAACCCUUGCUUUGACCUAUUUGUCAUAAACACAGUGUUUCUUGUAUGAUUUUAGGAUGUUCAUUAAAUAUGAAAAAUAAUUUCAAUGUGUUUAGUUCUGUAAAAUGUAUCAUAUUGAACAUGUAUAAUUUUUUACUACCAUGUUCAUUGUACUUAAUAAUCUAUAUCCUUACUUUGGAUUCCACCAAUAUUUAUUAGUGAACCAUAAAGAAAUUUUGAAUGCAUGAAUACAACUUAAGAGAUACCAUAUUAAGUUAUUUUGCAAUGCCAGAAUAACUGUAGGUACCUGUAAACUGAAUAGAUAAUCCAGAUUAUAUUUCCUCCUACUUAAGUUGUUUUGGGUUUUGGUUUUCCCUUUCUUGAGUCUUGUUUUAUUAUUUUAUCUGUGUACGAUAGACUUCUUGAAAAUGCUAGAAUUUUCAACAUGUAAUAGAAUCUGAGCAUGACAAUAAUGUAAGAAAACUCAGAAGUGUUGAACUAUGUAUAUUUCUUGGAGUUUUCAAAGUAAAUCAAAUUACAGCUGUUUUCAUUUGACUAUGUUGUAUAAACUUAUGGAUAAUAUUGUACAAUGCACAUGCAUUACUCUGACUUUUUAAAAAUGUUUUGAAUUAAUAAAGAAUCCACCAAUAUAUCCUUA